AUUGUGAAGGUCGCGGGCUCCGGCCUAAAGAGAGCAGUCAUCAGCUGAUCGCUCCCAGCUGAUGCUUGGUAUCGGUGUCUUUGUUGACUCCCCUGACAUCGUGAGGAGCCGUGGACAUCGUCGGUGAAGGUGCUGAAAGUAGUGUGGAAAGUGAAACUAGUCCAAGGUUUACAGAGAAAAGAGACACUGAAAUGGCCCCGACUCUGUAUGAUGAGAAACCGGAGAUUGGGGACUUGAUAGAAAUCUUCCGUGGCUCCUACCAGCACUGGGCUGUGUACAUUGGUGAUGGCUUCGUUGUUCACUUGGCACCACCCUCCGAGUAUCCAGAUGCAGGUGCAAACAGUGUGAUGUCUGUCCUAACUGAGAAGGCCUUGGUGAAGAAAGCGGAGCUAUGGGACGUGGUGGGAACCAACCACUGGAAAAUAAACAACAGCCUGGACAAGGAGUACAAGCCCCGCCCGGUUCACGUCAUUUUGAGAGAGGCCCGUGCUCUGGUGGACAAGGAGCUGCCGUACUGCGUCUUCAGAGGGAACUGUGAGCACUUUGCCAACGAGCUGCGCUACGGCAAGGCCGAGUCCCGGCAGGUGCGUAAGGCAGGAGAAACGGUCAUGGUCGUAGGCGUGGCAGCAGCAGUAGGUCUGGGGAUUGUGGCGCUGGCGGGGGCUCUGUUCGGAGGCAGCAAAAAAGAAAACAAGGACACACAGUGAUCAAAGUCCUGAUUCCCCUGUUCACUGGCUUGAUUAACAGAUCACCAGCAAAGCCUAACUCGUGCUUACCAUGAUCAAUCUCAGUCGAAGACAACCCUGCCUAAAUUUACGUCGCAAGCGUUUGUGAAUUAGCCGGAAAUCUGGCUGAUUUCUACUUUGUCUCCUCAACUUUACCUCCAUCUGUCCCUUAUGCCUUUUUUUUUAGUUUGAAAAACAGUGCAAGGCUGGUUGCUCUGGGAUCAAGGCAGAAUAUUUUCCAUACUUUUUUAAAUUCCUACAGAUACCACAUGCACUACAAAAGCACAACAACCAGGAUUUCCACUAAUCAUGGUGCCAAGAUGAAAUAAAUUUAAAUAUUUUAAUAAGACAUUUUUUGAAGAUUACUGAAGAUAUUUUUUGGAUUAUGACCGAUAUGAGAUUCCUGAGGGCCAGGGGGUCUUUUCUACUGAUUAUAAUUAUUUUUCAUCCUGAAGAGUUUUAAACAAAAAUGGUCGCUGAUAGUUGCUCAUGAAGAAAUAAUAUUGGGUAUUUGAAUCAAAUCCAAAUAGUGACUGUUGUAACGCCAGUACUUAAUAAGCUAUCUAACAGGAAUAUUUAACAAUCAAAACAGACAAACGUGAUGAAAUAGUCACUACAGCUCACAGGAAAGCCAUGUAAUGUCAUGUUAUACCACUUUGUCCUUCUCUGACGUUUAAUUGUUUGUAAAUUAUUUAAAUAAAGAAUAAUUUGUGUGAA